GUUAUCGAAGUGGAAGCAAGUUUCAGGUUACUAGAAUAGUUUUACAAUGAAAGUUCAAGUAAUUUUGUUAGCUCUAGUAGCUUGCAUAGCUACUCACUCAGUGGCAGAACCUAGCUGUCCCCCAUUAGGAGAUACGGAAACGGUCGUCUACUUCCCACACCCAACGGACUGCAGCAAGUUUCUAACCUGUCACUGGGGUAAUCUGGUAGAGUUGUGUUGCCCGAGUGGCACUUUCUGGAAUGACGAUAUUAGAGCAUGUGAUCUACAAGGAAACGUAAUCUGCACCCCACAACCAGAGCCUACAACUGCGGAGCUCACAACUGCGGAGCCCACAACUGCGGAGCCCACAACUGCAGAGCCCACAACUGCGGAGCCCACAACUGCGGAGCCCACAACUGCGGGGCCUGUCACUACGACCACCGAACUGGACACCACAACCAGUACAAUGGCAGCUCCACCAACCCAUCCAAGUGAACAGUGCCCGGAUUCCUACGAUCCAAACAACGAGGUUUUCGUGCCACAUGCCGACUGCACCAAGUACUACAUUUGCACUUGGGGUGGAGUCGCCGUCGAACAGAAGUGCCCACCGAACCUUCACUGGAAUCAAAACCUGUCGUACUGUGAUUAUCCAGCGCAAGCAGGUUGUUCGUCAGCCAGCCCGACGCCUCAGCCCACUUCAGAACCUGUCACAAGUACAACUUCUGCUCCAACCAGCGCUUCUCCUCCUGCACCAUCUGGCGAUUGCCCACCAGUGUAUGAUCCGAGCCACCAGGUUUACUUCCCACAUGCCGACUGCUCCAAGUACUACAUCUGCACGUACGAAGGAAGCAAGCUGGAACAGAACUGUCCAGCGGGACUCCACUGGAGUCAAAACGUCUCGUACUGUGAUUAUCCAGCGCAAGCAGGUUGUUCGUCAGCCAGCCCGACGUCUAAGCCCACUUCAGAACCUGUCACAAGUACAACUUCUGCUCCAACCAGCGCUUCUCCUCCUGCACCAUCCGGCGAUUGCCCACCAGUGUACGAUCCCAACCAUCAGGUUUACUUCCCACAUGCCGACUGCACCAAGUACUACAUCUGCACGUACGAAGGAAACAAGCUGGAGCAGAACUGUCCAGCGGGACUCCACUGGAGUCAAGCGCAGAGCUAUUGCGAUCGUCCUGAGCUAGCUCAGUGCACACAACUGAAGUGAGCCGCGCGUUU